AGAUCAUUGUUUUUCUAUAAAAAUAACAUUUUUACAUAUUUAUUCCAUUGUUUAAAGUAUAAAUAAACAUUUUUGUAAAACUUGUGACAUUGUUGUGGAAAAUAAUAAAAAUAAGUUUUUUGUGUUAAUUGCAACAAAAUAAUAAACAAAUAGAAAUUGAUGAAUUUCCAUAAGUUUAAUGAAGGAAGAAACAUUGCAAAUUAAACAAAUGAAUCAUUUAAAUUUAAAUGAUUCAACAUCAGAUUUAGAUUCAAAAUUAUCUCAAUCUUUAGUAAUUAUGGAUUGUGAAAAUAAAUUGAAUUCAAAUACUUCAAAUUUAAAUAAAACUCCAAAAGGAAUUUUAAAGAAAUCAAAUAAUGUUGUUCAGCAUGAAACUGGUAGAGAUUAUUAUCAAAACAUUCAAGAACAAAAUUUAGAUUCAGAACCUAGGCCUCAUAAUCUUGAAGAAUUAGCCCAAGCAUUUGAUUUAAGUGCUGCAACAAUAAAAAGUACCUUUAACUUGGAUGACAUUGGUGAAAAUGACGAAAUUUUCUUAAUGGAGAUCCCGAAAUCAGUAAAUCCAGAAUUACUCACAGGACAGGUUUUAUCUUUCACAGAUAAAAGCAAACUGAGAAUAGGAGAAAAUCGUUAUAUUGCAACUCAUCGAGAAUCAAAAGGAAAUUUAAGUUGUGUCUUUAAUUCAGGAGAGAAUUCACAAUCCUACAAAACUGUGAAUAUCAAACCUGCUGGAAUUAUUCAAGUAAGGCAGAAAGUUAAUUCUAUUCCUAAAGCAAAACCAGAGAGUUAUGAACAGAGUAAAAUACCUUUACCGCAAAAUAUUAGAAACAGAGAUCCUUUUCAUGGAGUAGUUACAACACCUGUAACUAAUAUUAAAGUUGAAAAAGAAUUAAGAAAAAAAAGGUAAUGAAUAUGAACUUAGUUUAAUGUAUUAUAAUAAUUAUUUUUUAAUUUUGAAUUCUCUAACGAAUUCUAUGUUUAAUUAUUUUAUCAUGUACAAUAAAUUUCUCAGAGUAAGGCAUUUGUAUAAAAUCUAAAAAAUGGGGUUUUAAUUAAUAAUAUUUAAGGCAUGUCUUAUUUAUUUUCUAAAAAAUUCAAAUGAAAAUAGAUUAUAAUUUAAUAUCUA